AUGUCGCGAAGAACGAAAAAGGUCGGCUUAACGGGAAAGUACGGAACGAGGUAUGGAUCUUCCCUCCGUAAGCAAAUCAAGAAAAUAGAACUUAUGCAACAUGCCAAGUAUAUGUGCAGCUUCUGUGGAAAGACGGCAACCAAAAGAACCUGUGUAGGCAUAUGGCAAUGCAAGAAAUGCAAAAGAAAGGUGUGCGGAGGAGCCUGGAGUUUAACCACCCCCGCAGCGGUUGCAGCCAAGUCAACCAUCAUUAGGCUGAGAAAGCAAAAGGAAGAGGCACAGAAGUCGUAA